GAGGUGCCCAUGCUUUGCCUAGUGCUCUUUGCGCUGUGUCUGAGCCACUCAGAUGCAGCCUCCUUCGGAUCAAUUGCUGAAAAUGAGGAUGCGCUCCUCAAGUACUUAUUUCAAGGCUAUCAGAAAUGGGUCCGCCCUGUGGAAAACUCCAACGACACCAUCAAAGUCCUUUUUGGAUUAAAGAUAUCACAGCUUGUGGAUGUGGAUGAGAAGAAUCAGCUGAUGACAACGAACGUGUGGCUGAAGCAGGAAUGGAUCGACCACAAGCUCUUCUGGAAUCCAGAGGAAUACGGUGGGAUCACCACCAUCCGUGUCCCCUCUGAGUCCCUGUGGCUUCCUGACAUUGUCUUGUUUGAAAAUGCUGAUGGACGUUUUGAAGGAUCCCUGAUGACCAAAGUCAUAGUGAAGUACAAUGGACUAGUGACUUGGACACCACCGGCCAGUUAUAAGAGCUCCUGCACGAUGGACGUGACCUUCUUCCCCUUUGACAGGCAGAACUGCUCCAUGAAGUUUGGGUCAUGGACCUAUGAUGGCAGUAUGGUGGACUUGAUUUUAGUGGAUGAAAAUGUAGACAGGAAAGACUUCUUUGAUAAUGGGGAGUGGGAGAUCUUAAAUGCCAAAGGUAUGAAAGGCAACAGGAAGGAUGGGUUGUACUCUUACCCAUUUGUCACUUACUCCUUUGUGUUGAGACGCCUCCCGCUGUUUUACACUCUUUUCUUAAUAAUCCCUUGCCUGGGGUUGUCGUUUCUAACUGUCCUGGUGUUUUACCUGCCUUCAGAUGAAGGAGAAAAGCUUUCAUUGUCUACAUCAGUUCUAGUUUCCCUCACUGUUUUCCUUUUAGUGAUUGAGGAAAUAAUCCCUUCUUCUUCAAAAGUCAUACCUCUGAUUGGUGAGUAUCUGCUGUUCAUCAUGAUUUUUGUAACCCUCUCUAUCAUCGUGACUGUAUUUGUUAUCAAUGUCCACCACCGCUCCUCAGCAACUUACCAUCCCAUGGCUCCCUGGGUUAAAAGACUCUUCCUUCAGAAGUUGCCUCGGCUGCUCUGUAUGAAGGGCCAUGUAGAUCGUUACUCCUUCUCAGAGACUGAAGAAAAGGAAACCACCUUGAAAUCAAAGCUCCUGGGGGAGCAGAAGCAUAAUCAAGUGAAAGAUGGAGAGAAAAUUGUUAUUGCCUUUCUGGAAAAGGCAGCCGACUCAAUUCGAUACAUUUCCAGGCAUGUUAAAAAGGAACACUUCAUCAGACAGGUUGUCCAAGACUGGAAAUUUGUAGCUCAAGUCCUGGAUCGAAUCUUCCUGUGGGUAUUUCUGGUGGUGUCAGUGACAGGUUCAGUUCUCAUCUUCACCCCUGCAUUACAGAUGUGGCUGAACAGCACUUUGUAG